AUGCCUGAAGGGGGCAGGAGCUUCAACAUGCUUCAAGGGGGCAGGAGUGACAACAUGACUGAAGAGGGCAGGAGCGACAACAUGCCUGAAGAGGGCAGGAGCGACUACAUGCCUGAAGGGGGCAGGAGCGACAACAUGCCUGAAGAGGGCAGGGUCGACAACAUCCCUGAAGGGGGCAGGGGCGACAACAUGCCUGAAGGUGGCUGGGACGACAACAUGACUGAAAAGGGCAGAGGCGACCACAUGCCUGAAGAGAGCAAAAGCGACAACAUGCCUGAAGAGAGCAGGAGCGACAACAUGCCUGAAAGGGGCAGGAGCGACUACAUGCCUGAAGAGGGCAGGAGCGACAACAUGCCUGAAGAGGGCAUCGGCGACAACAUGCCUGAAGGGGGCUGGGAUGACAACAUGCCUGAAAAGGGCAGAGGCGACAACAUGCCUGAAGAGAGCAAAAGCGACAACAUGCCUGAAGAGAGUAGGAGCGACAACAUGCCUGAAGAGGGCAGGGUCGAUAACAUGACUGAAGUGGGCAGGGGCGACAACAUGCCUGAAGGGGGCUGGGAUGACAACAUGCCUGAAGGGGACAGGGGCGACUACAUGCCUGAAGAGAGCCGGAGCGACAACAUGCCUGAAGAGAGCAGGAGCGACAACAUGCCUGAAAGGGGCAGGGACGACAACAUGCUUGAAGGUGGCAGGGACGACAACAUGCUUGAAGGGGGCAGGGGCGACGACAUGCUUGAAGGGGGCAGGGGCGACAACUUGCCUAAAGGUGGCAGGGGCGACCACAUGCCUGAAGGGGGCAGUAGCGACAACAUGCCUUAA